AUGGUUCACCGGGAAAGCGAUUUUGCACAUGUAUAUGUUGUUAUUAAUCCACUAAAAAAAAAUGGUUACCUGACGGAGAACGAUCAUUCAAAGAUCAUCGAAAAAUACCUUGUGAACGGAACAAGUGAGUUUGAUAAUAGAACGCAGCAUAAAGAAUCGAACAAUCUUGCAGAAAGCGGCUUGUUUGACGCCAGAAAACUCAUCUUUCUGUUUUCUCAAACAGACGUUCUGCCAUCAAUGGAUUUUUUCGAACAGUUGCAACAAUAUGAGGUGAGUGCUUGUCCGGUUGAAAUGUGAGUUGAGAAUUGAAGAUGAAUGAACUGGACCACGAAAACAAAUUGCAACUGGUCCGCAAGUCCCGGGCACGGUCUCUUGCCUCAGAUGGUGAACAAAUCAUGUUCAACGAGCGAACCUUUUGUCCAAUGGUUUUGACAGUGUCUCGAAUGUCGUCCUUCAUUGUUGAGAACGUAAGACACAAACAACUUUUUUGACAAAAGGUGACAAUGCCGUUCAGCACUUCGGUUCACCUAAAACUGGUUUCGGAUUUGUACGCAAAGUUAAAUCGCUUGAUCAAAUGACUGAUUGUUCGGGAGAUAAGUUGCAGUCGUGCUAUAAGGUCUUGGUUGAACACAGAAGAGCACUGCAAAACGUGCUCACGAUUGUUGACAUUGAAGUAAAAAAGUAAAAUACAGAGACCCACAAAAACAAUAAUUAUUUUAGGCUGUUUCUUAUGAACAACUUGUAGCAUGCUUGAGCGACAUCUGCAUAGUACAACCACCGAAGAUACGAUUUGAAGCUGGCCGUGCUCCUCAUUUUGACAAAACCAAUUUCUCAAAGAACGACAAAGUUAUUGAGAUGAUUUUGAAGUCAGACUUGAUUGAGAGUAAAAAUUCAACUGUCACGAGAAUUUUUUACAAUCACAAAGGGGAUUUGACACCACAAGAUUUAUCGAGAUGGAUUUCAAAGUGCGAGGUGAGCUUUCCGUAAUACGACCCGGGGUCAGUUAAUAUCGUGUUGCAGACUUACACUGUCAGUCACGAGCAUAUAAUGAUGAAGACCAAGCUCGACGAGAACGGAAAUGUCUUGAGAGAGAAAGAUGGUAACGAUUGGCGUCCAUUGAAGAUGGAAGGAGUCGCAGUGAGAGCUACCAUUAUUGUUUCCGUAACUUUUGAUGAUGGCGUUGAUACUGAAAUAGUAGUUAUAUAUCCUAAAAUGCGCAGAAAAUGAUUACAUAUUCAGGUGCUCGACAUGACCACGUUUCGCAUUGUCAAGUUGAUCACUAAUAAUAGGGUCAAUGUCGACGAGACGAUUCAGUUCAUGAUACCAUUCACAUUCAAAAUCGUGGACAAUAACAAUAUCGAGUUGAGCAUGGAAGUUAGUAGUAAUUGUGGAGAAGAGGAGGAUCGACUUCUUCAAAGUGGGGCGGCGACAUCGAGUGCAACAUACGAAAAAGUGAAUUUGCUAAAUUUAGAAAUAAUUUCGAACAUGUCAAUAGUUUGUUUCGGUUCCCCAAUCGUUUGCCAAAACGACCCCGGGCCGUUUUCCGAAAAAAUGCAUCCGCGCUCUAUCGAACUUGCGUUUCGAGACCCAAACUACAGUAAUCUGGAAAAUUGCCCCAAAUUUGGCCUAAUGUGUUGCCUCAUUGCCAUGGCAACCAUUUUUUCAUUUUCUCCCGUUUGUUCUAUUUGACCCCUCAUGAGUUUGCCAAAACGACCCCGGGCCGUUUUCCUGGGUCGAUCCCAAAACGACCCCGGGCCAUUUUCCUGGGUCGAUCCUAAAACGACCCCGCGUCGUUUUCCAAAAAAAUGCAACCGCGCUCUAUUGAACUUUCGUUUCGAGACCCUAACUACAGUAAUCUGAAAAUUGCCCCAAAUUUGGCCUAAAGUGUUGCCUCAUUGCCAUGGCAACCAUUUUUUCCUUUUCUCCCGUUUGUCCUAUUUGACCCCUCCCAGCUUUCCCAAAACGACCCCGCGUCGUUUUCCAAAAAAAUGCAACCGCGCUCUAUUGAACUUUCGUUUCGAGACCCUAACUACAGUAAUCUGGAAAAUUGCCCCAAAUUUGGCCUAAAGUGUUGCCUCAUUGCCAUGGCAACCAUUUUUUCAUUUUCUCCCGUUUGUCCUAUUUGACCCCUCCCAGCUUUCCCAAAACGACCCCGGGCCGUUUUCCUGGGUCGAUCCCAAAACGACCCCGGGCCGUUUUCCAAAAAAAUGCAUCCGCGCUCUAUUGAACUUUCGUUUCGAGACCCUAACUACAGUAAUCUGGAAAAUCCCAAAAAUUUGGCCUAAAGUGUUGCCUCAUUGCCAUGGCAACCAUUUUUUCAUUUUCUCCCGUUUGUCCCAUUCGACCCCUCAUGAGUUUGCCAAAACGACCCCGGGUCGUUUUCCUGGGUCGAUCCCAAAACGACCCCGGGCCGAAAUUUUCCAAAAAAUGCACGACCCCUGUCACGUUUACAAACCGACCCCGGGUCGUUUUUAUGAGACAUACCAAAAUUGGCCCCGGGUCGUUUUUAUGAGACAUACCAAAAUUGGCCCCGGGUCGUUUUUGAGGCAUACCAAAAUUGGCCCCGGGUCGUUUUUUUGAGGCAUACCAAAAUUGGCCCCGGGUCGUUUUUAUGAGACAUAUCAAAAUUGACCCCGGGUCGUUUUUUUGAGGCAUACCAAAAUUGGCCCCGGGUCGUUUUUUUGAGGCAUACCAAAAUUGGCCCCGGGUCGUUUUUAUGAGACAUAUCAAAAUUGACCCCGGGUCGUUUUUUUGAGGCAUACCAAAAUUGGCCCCGGGUCGUUUUUAUGAGACAUAUCAAAACACCUUUCUUGUAGUAGUUUUCAAUUUUCAAAAGAAAUUGACACCGAGUUGUUUCAUACGCGUGCUCAGCAUUCCUCUAUUAUUUAUAUAUAAUUUUUAGGUCAUAAUGUCGCAAACAUUGUCGCAGGAAUUCGAAGAACAAUACAAUAGGAUGCAAAAGGAAGUACAGUCUUUUCCAACUGCUACGGAUUCUGUUGUUGAAGCAGAGGAAGUACGGUCUUCUCCAACUACUACGGAUUCUGUUGUUGAAAAGGAGAACGUGGUUGUGGGUGAUGAAGAGCCGAAAGAAGAUGAGGAGCCGAAGGAAGAUGAUGAGCUGGAAGAAGAUGAUGAUCUGGAAGAAGAUGACGAGAAAGAUGAAGAUGACGAGAAAGAUGAAGAUGGCGAGAAAGAUGAAGAAGAGGAAAAGACGGAGGUACGCAUUUUAAUAAACCAAAUUGUGACCUGAGAGUUUUAAAUCGACCCGGGGUCGAUUGUAUAGCGUAGAUAUUUCACAACAACUUAAUCAUCAUUAUAAUCAUUGUAGGCUGGUGGCCACGAAUCCGACAACCAUAAUAUGGAUAUUGAGGAGGAGAAAGAUGAGAAGAAAGAGAAAGACACAAAAAGUGUUGUUAUGAAACCACUACACACUGAUUCACUUCAGGUAAGCAAAAAAAAAGGCAUUGCUCGGAAAAAAAUAUACCGAUUUUUCAGAAGAUUGAAGAGAAUUUCACUGUGAGACAACUACACGCACAUCAAAUCCGUGGAUGCAUAUUAAGACCCAUCAGUAUCAAACAAACUAAGAUACUUGAUGGCAUCCCGGUUGAGACGCUAUUCGACGAGCAGCUGGCCUCGGUACCGAUUUUCAUCAAAUGUGCUGACAAGUCGCCUAGAAUCAUCGUCUGUGAAGGAAAUCACCGCGUCUCGUCUGUCCUCCGAAGAGAGCCUAGUGAUGAAUCGUUCAAGGUGGAAACUGUGACCAUCUCUGAAGGCGACUUUGAAGCGACAUUUGAGAAAGCUGUCGACCUUCGUGGAGCGUCUGAUGGAGUGAAUCAAAAGUGCGGACUCGAUGCAAUCCCAUGGAUUGUCGCGUCGUUCGUACAGCAAGUUUUCACGAGCGAACGUCUUCGAACAGAAAAUAGUUACUCGGCAAAAGACAGAGCGCUGAAUCUAUACGAGAUUCUCAAAGCCAGAGUAUCCGAGGAGGAGAUUGAUUUGUUGCGAGAGAACACUCGCAUUCGAAACAAGCUCUACGAGCAGCUGGUCAAAGAGAAGCUGGCGCUGAAAUCAACACAGUCUCAGACUGAACGAUCUGGACUUUACGUGUUUCUCAGUGCUCCAAAUACACGGACGCUGUUCAUGAAACAUUUUUCCAACCUUCCCACCAAGGAAAAGUGCCACUCACACAUCUUCGCCGCUUCGUUGAAAAAUGAUCGUAGAACUGCGAAGCUCAUCCACGACUGCGCGAAAGAACACAUUUCUAAAAUGGUGUUCCUGCAAAAAAUGAAGGAUCUGAAGACUGGAUGGGAAGAUAAGGAGAAGGAUGUUGCGGAAGCAAGUGAAAAGAACCCGCAUGGCUUGCACGUAUGGAAGAAGGUUGCUAGUGUGGAGGAAGGCGCGAUCUUGAUUGUAUCGCGAGAGGUAAGUAUAACUCUAAAAAUUGACGACCUUUUGAAAACGGUCCAGGGUCGAGCUGAAAUGAUGUUUAUUUUUUUCCAGAUCCCAAAGCCCGAACAGUUGCUGCUCAAAGAUGCCAGUCUCGUGGUAAUGGAUCCACCGCAGACCGUUGAUUUUUUGCUGGAGGCUUCCAAGUUUGCUGACGGCAACGUCAUGCGACGUGGGAUGUUCCGCAAAUCCGAAUUCGUGGCAGUGGGAAAACUCUUCAAACAUGGCGAUCAUUUCUGCACUUCGACGAUCAACACGAUGAUAAGUCGUCUUACUGAGUCAACGGAAAGCCGCAAACGCAAAUUGACGGAAAGUGGAGGAAAGAAGAAAGGUGCUGGAAAGAAGCCGAAAUACGUCGUUGGCACAGUCAAGGGAUAUGAGCCACUUUAAACUUAAUAAUUCUGUUGACGUUUUCCCUUUUUAAUAAUUGUGCUCUCUUUUUGUUAAACCCUCUUUGAUCACUUGUUUUUUAUAUAUUAUAGGGGCACCGAACAGAAAGGGCGCUCUAUUGAGCAACUUUUUUGCAGUGCACAUUUUGCGGCCUCGGGGCCGAGUUUGAAAAGUUAGGCCACAUUUUCAGUGGAAAAUUACUUUGAAAAUUAAUUCGGCCAGAUUGCAAACAGAGCGCCCUUUCUAUUCGGUGCCCCUAUAAUACUAGCCUCUACUAUGUCCAAUGCAGCACCGCCGUAGUUUUCUUUUGAAAUUCUCUUUAGAGUUUCAACUGUAAUGAAAUAAUUUGUUCCAUCUGUCAGCGUAUUGAAACCUCGGCAAAGCGCAUCUAUUUUGCGGUAGUUAAAAAAUGACCCCUAAUAGUGUUGUGAAAACGACCCCGGGUGGAAAUGAGUGUGUCGAUGCAAAUCUGCUCUGCUGAACUCUCUUCGAGACCCAAUCUACAGUAGUCCCCUGAAAUUCGAAAUUGUGGCCUAAAGGUGAGGCAAACUCUCCUUUCUUUGUUUCUAUGUUCUAGUUCUCCCGGCCGCCCUUUUAGACGACCCUUCUCGGUUUUUUGGAAACGACCCUUCCCGGUUUUUUGGAAACGACCCCUUAUUGUCUUACUGUUACAUACAAAGAAGCUUACAAUUUGAAAUUGACCCCGGGUCGAUUUUGAGGCAUACUGAAAUUGACCCCGGGUCAAUUUCGUGAAUAUACCAAAAUUGACCCCAGGUCGUUUUUAUGAGACAUAUCAAAAUUGACCCCGGGUCGUUUUAAUGAGACAUAUCAAAAUUGAUCUGAGAUUAAUGACAAACUCCUCAUUUUCCUGAAUGUCAUGUAAUCGUACGAAAUCUUAUUAUGGCGAACCUCGAAACUCGUGUUUAAUUUUUAAAAUGUCUGAUUAUAUUUUGGUAUUCUACGAAUUGGCCUCUUAUCUUCUAUUCGUUCUCUUUUGUUCUUAUCGUCAAAUUUCAGAUCCCCGUAUAAGUUAUCAUUCAAUGAACAUGCCAUCUGCGAAGCGUAGUUCCGACCCCGAUCCUGACUGUGGUGGACCAUCGAAAAAAACGGCUCGAAAAGUUACUGCGCCACAGACUCUCGUGAAUGGAACCAUCUACUUUACGCCCGUAACAAAAUAUUUGUUGGUCCUACAGUUGGAACUGAAAUUCCUUUUUUAGAUAGGUGGCAUAACGGUCCCAUUGCAAGAAUAUGAGGGUUCCAUUUCACUCGGCGAUUUAUUGUCGAUAAUUAAGCCUGUUUCAUCUCUUCAUUUGACAUUCCUUCUAGACUGGGCAUUUCUAUUCUCGUAAGUGGUCUCUCCUAGUUGAUGUUAUUUCACAAACUUUUUUCAGCUCUUACCCUUAUUCGUGUAAAAAUAAUCCGAUGACGAUAGUGGUCGGCGAGAAAGACGCAAAGUCAGAAAUCAUGCAAGAAAUUGCUCAUUUACACAGCAACGUCAAAAUAAUCGGUGCCCCUCUACCGUUUCCUUAUGGCACGCAUCACACGAAACUAUCAAUGUUUGAAAGUGAUGACGGCCGUGUGCAUGUGAUAGUUUCGACGGCAAAUUUGAAUUCCGACGAGUGGGAAUUCAAAACUCAACAAUUCUAUUAUGCUUUCGGUUUUACACGAGCUUCGGAAGAGGAGACGGACAAGUGCGGUCCCUCGUGUUUCUUGUGCACUAUACUCGUGUUUUUUAGGUCCUUAUUCCAAGCGGACCUCAUAGAAUACUUUGGGCAAUAUCGUUGUCUUCUUGAAGAAUGGAGAAAUCUAGUAAAACGUACGGACUUUAGCGUCGUGGCGGACAGAUUGAUAUUCUCGACCCCUGGUAUUCAUAAAGGAGUUGCAGUCCAGAGGUUAGGACAUCCGCGGCUGCGGACAAUCCUUUCUGAAAUGAUUCCUCGUCGUUCUACGCCAGUCACACACCUGCGCGAGAGAUGCUCUUACGUUUCACAGUGCAGCUCCAUUGGGUCGUUGGGACCGGCGCCUAUCUCUUGGUUUAGAGGUCAAUUCCUCGAAAGUUUGGAGGGAGAGAACCCGUCUCCAAAACAGGCUCCUGCCAAAAUGCAUGUGAUUUUCCCGGCUGUUGCUGACGUCCGACUAAGUUGUCAAGGAUACAUUGGCGGAUGCUCAAUAACGUAUCGCAG